GGAUUUGUCGCAUGUUGUUAAGCCCCAUGAGGAAGGAGAUUUGGAUCGCCUCUGUCAUCACGAAAAUGGCGAUAGUCAGGAUGACCGGGGAGCGUUAGUGCGAUGGUGCUAUGGAUGACUCGAACUCGGUGCUCAUCCUUUGCAGAGAUGGGGUACAAAUACCCCACUAACACGAAAUUGCUUGGUGGUGUUGAUAUUGUCUCUUAUGCUGUCAGUUCAUCUAUUUGUGUAGCUUGCGCUGAGUUCUAAUUCUAGGUCCCGUUGAAGCCUCGAUCAAAUAGUGGCGAAGAUGGCGCGAUACUUGGGUGUUGCGGCGGCAUUGGUCGCAACAGGAGCUCUCGCUAUUACCCCAGAGCAGAUGUUGAGUGCACCCCGGCGAUCUGAAGCCGUUCCGAACCCAGCUGGAACAAUUGCAUUCUUCUCAGUCUCGCAAUAUUCGUUUGAUGAGCAAUCUUCUUCAAGCGCAUAUAAGUUACUAGACCUUGAGUCUGGAAAUAUCACCCAUUUCGCGUUAAACUCCAGUGAGGUAAAUGAGAUUAUGUGGAUACCGGGUAGCGAAACGGGCAUCAUAUACAUCAAUGCGACCAAUGAGGAGACUCCUGGUGGUGUCUCCCUUUGGAUUGGGGACGCGUUGAAUCCAUCCGAAAGCACUUUAGUGGCUUCAUUGGACGCACCAUUCUCAGGUCUCAAGGUCGCGAAUACUUCCUCUGGUGACCUACAUUUUCUGGUCAAUUCCCUGGCCUACCCUAACGGUACAGCAUACAAUGCGGAGCUUGCGCCCACACCAAGGAACACGGGGAGGCUCUACUCAGACAUUUACCCGCGCCAUUGGGAUACUUGGCUUACCAAAGAGCGAUAUGCUGUUUUCGCUGGUACUCUUUCUGCAAACUCAUCGUUUGCUCUGUCCGGUUCUGGUAUGCGCAAUCUCUUGCGAGGCAUCAACUUUACGGCUACCCAACCAGAGACUCCUGUGCAGCCGUUUGGAGGGAGUGGCGAUUAUGACAUAUCCCCUGACGGUAAGAUCAUUGCGCUCCUCAGUAAAGCUACGCACCUAAACAAAGCCAACUUCACCGCGAGCUACAUUUAUCUCGGACCUUUCGACGGAUCAUCAGUACCAGUGGCUUUCAAUGGACCAAACACCACGGCCAACAAUGCUGGUCAUGAAGGAGCUUCAGGAGCCCCUACUUUCUCUCCGGAUUCAUCAAAACUCGCUUACAUUCAACAAGAUGGCAUUUACUAUGAAUCCGACAGAUUUAAGCUCUACGCCCUUGAUGUUGGUCUUAAGGGUAGCGAAGUGACUACCAGUAACUGGAAAGGCCUUGCAUCCAACUGGGACAGGUGGCCUGACAGCAUUCAUUGGGCUCCAGAUAGCAAAUCUAUAUUUGUCUCAGCGGAGGAUUAUGCUCGGGAAAGAAUUUUCAACAUCCCGUUGACUGUGUCAGAUAGUUUCACACCGCAGAACUUGACUGGCGUCACUACAGUAUCCGCGUUCUACGUUUUGCCAGAUUCCUCUCUGCUGGUAUCUGCAGCAGCUGUCUGGACAUCGCGAGACUUUUACAUCACCACAGGCGACGGAGCGCCCAAGAUGCUCUUCUCAGCUCUUAAAGUUGAUCCCGAAUUGGCUGGCCUUGGUCCUGAACUCUUUGAGGAGUUCUUUUUCACUGGCUCACAAGACGUUCAACUACACGCCUUGAUCGUCAAACCAUCCAGUUUUGUUGCCAAUAAGACCUACCCGCUCGCUUACAUUAUCCACGGAGGUCCUCAGGGAUCCAAUGCAAAUUCUUGGAGCACUCGGUGGAACUUCCAGGUCUGGGCUGAUCAAGGAUAUGUCGUUGUGGCUCCAAACCCAACCGGCAGCACAGGAUUCGGACAGGAGCUCAUAGAUGCCAUCCAGGGCAAUUGGGGCAGCUACCCAUACGAAGACAUUGUAUUGUGUUGGGACUAUAUCCACUCAAACCUCUCGUAUAUUGAUACUGAGAACGGAAUCGAGGCUGGCGCUAGUUAUGGCGGGUUCAUGACGAACUGGAUCCAAGGCCACGAUUUAGGACGAAAGUUCAAGGCACUGGUAACUCACGAUGGUGUCUCCAACACGCUUGCGGACUAUGCAUCCGAGGAACUGUGGUUUAUCCGGCAUGACAACAACGGCACGAUUUGGGAUGCUCGCGAGAACUAUGAGAAGUUCAACCCGCUCGACCACAUCGCGAAUUAUAGCACACCGCACUUCGUUGUGCACAAUAGUAUGGACUUUCGACUUCCUGAAAGCGACGGCCUCGCGCUGUUUAACAUUCUCCAAGGAAUCGGGGUGCCCUCGCGGUUCCUCAACUUCCCGGAUGAGAAUCAUUGGGUUCUCGACCCAGAGAACUCUCUGUUUUGGCACACGGAGAUCUUCAACUGGAUUAAUUACUGGUCUGGUGUUGGAGGACCCUUAGACGACAUUCCGGUUGACAAAUGAGUUCAAGAGAUCGAUAUUAAAGGCUUUGAGGCCAGAAAAUCCUGUAUGAUAUUUUACAAAAACAGAGAUAUAGAGUUACCGAUCUACUAGGAACGCAUAAUCAUAAUCUCAGCUUUCCUGUCAGAUAGACGACUUCUAGUCCGG